AUGACGUCCCAAACCACUCUCGAACCACUCUCCAAAGACGAGCUUCGGGUUCUCGCUUCCAAAGCCAUCGAAGCCAAGGAAUAUGCAUACUGCCCAUACUCCAAGUUCCGCGUCGGAGCAUGUGUCAUGUUGAGCGACGGGACGUACCACACGGGGGCCAACGUCGAAGUGGCGUCUUCGCCCGUGGGCAUCUGCGCGGAACGAUGCGCCAUCGCGCCCAUCGUGGCCUCGCUCAAACGUCCCGCGAUGCCUGUCCUCCGAGCCAUUGCGGUCGCCACCGACAUUUCCCCGCCCGCGAGCCCGUGCGGCAUGUGUCGGCAGUUCAUCAACGAGUUUGCGUCCAAGGACCUGCCGAUCUACAUGUACGGGAAGGACGGGAUAGAUUCGGAGGGCGAGAACGAGGAUAAGGACGGGAGCGGCGGCGGCGGCGGCGGCGGUGGUAGUGGUAUGGUCAUGAUGACCAUCGGGCAAUUGUUGCCCAUGAGUUUCGGGCGGAGUGAUCUGGGUAGGGACCGGUGA